GAGAGGAAGACAGCGAGCGAGGCACAGGGAUCCCCAAGCCAUCCAAAGGCGCUCGAGUGUAAAGUGUCCAGAGAAGCGUUCGCACUGUGUCUCUGGCCAUGCUCGGAUUGUCAGUCCAGCUCCUGUUGUGCUACAUGCUGUCCCAGUCCCAGUGCCAGGGCUCGGACAGGGUUCUCGCUCGCCCGCCAGCUUAUACACUUCUGGAUCACAAGGCAAAAUUCAAUCUGUGCUGUCUGCUGACUCCGCCCCCUCCCCCGAUGUUUCCACCCCCCUCGGCGCUGUGGGAACAAUACAGUCCAAUUAAGGCCAUUGAAAUGGGUGAAGGGAGCAGUACUGAAAAGGACACUGACCAGCACAAGGUGGACACCUGUGUCCCGGGCCUCCCUGGACCGAUCGGACCUGUUGGCCCCCAGGGCCCAAAUGGUAUUCCAGGAGUCAGGGGACCAAAGGGAGAAAAAGGAGAUAUUGGGAGACCUGGACAAAAGGGUCGUACCGGCCCAGCUGGACCCCCUGGGCCACCAGGACCAGCUGGCUGGCCAGGACCAUACGGGCCCAAAGGCGAGAAGGGAGACCCUGGACUGAUGGGAUUGCCUGGGUCAAGAGGACCAGUUGGACCAAGGGGUUUGCCUGGGUAUAAAGGAGAGAAGGGCGCACGAGGCGAUCGAGGCGAGGUUGGCCUGAAAGGAUAUAAGGGAUCAAUGGGUCUCCCCGGAAUGCUGGGACAGAAGGGUGAAAUGGGUCCAAAGGGAGAGCCUGGAGUUGCAGGAAACAGAGGACCCACCGGCCGACCAGGCAAAAGGGGCAAACAGGGAAUGAAGGGCGACCCGGGGAUCCCUGGGGCCAUGGGUCCUGCUGGUCCACCUGGUCCCAUUGGCCACCCUGGCCCCCCCGGUCUACCAGCCUCAGGGCUUUUUGUGGUUGGACAGAAGGGGGAGAAGGGUCUCCCCGGAGCACCUGGUCGAUGCAACUGCAACUCCCCCAUGAGUGUCAACAGCCCUCCCCAUGAUGAGCACUCCUUCAGGGGCAACUAUGAGAGAGUUCCCAUGAUAUUUGUGGUUAAUGAUGAAGAAGAACUGGACCACCUACACACCGAUAACGCAAUAGCCUUUCGGAAAGAUCAGAGGUCACUCUAUUUCAAGGAUAUCGGAGGAUGGCUACCAAUCCAGCUUACUCCAUUCCAGUCCACGGAGAAUGCUCCAGAUCUGGAUGGCUAUUGUGGUGAUGGUAUUACGCAGGCCUACAAUGGAGAGGAAUGUGAUGAUGGCAACAAGGUGGUCACUGAUGGUUGCAUUAAGUGCAAGCUUGCAUACUGUGGGGAUGGAUACCGGUAUGACGGUGUAGAGGAAUGUGACGGCAAGGACUUUGGCUAUCAAACGUGCCAGUUAUACCUGCCAGGGUCUUAUGGACAUCUCAAGUGCACAGGGAACUGUUUGAUUGACUCUACGAACUGCAAAUACUUCACAUGAGUCAGAUAUUGAGAGAUUGGUGGACCUCCCCCCC